GUCGCCGGGGAGGGAGACCAGGGCCUUGGGAGCCUUGGGGGCCACGUACCCGGGGGCGGGCUCUGGACGGAGGGCGGGGAGCGGUGGUGGCCGGUCGGCCCGCCCCCUCUGCGUGCACGCCCCCCCCCCGCCAUCCUCAACCGUGAAGCGGAGACUUACUUUCGGCCCCCGGCCUGGACUGAAGGACCUGUGCUGGGGGUGGACUUGGGCCUUCGCUUCCGCCCCCGCCCGUGACCUAGUGACCCGGUGACUAGAUUCGUGGCCCUCGAGCCCCCGGCGCCAGAGGCAUCUCUCCGGCUCCCUGCCGAGCACCUGGAGAAGAGCCGUGGGUCGCUGGCACUGCUGUCCCCGACGCCCACUGCGUCGGGCGGCUCACAGAGAAGCACAAACUCGGGAGAAAUCAGGCUGCUUUGUCAAGCCCUCACCCCUUACAGCUUGCAUGCGUACAAACUGUUCCAAGUAACAGGAGAUGUUUCCAUGGCUGAGCCGUUCCUUCCUUGGCAUGUGAUCCAGUCACCCUGAACAUCUGUUGGCCUCAUCACACCCAAACCCUGCAGUCUGCAGCCCCACGUCCCCCUCCUUCCAUCUGCCUUCGGCCUCUAGAGCCUCAGCCCUCCCUCUCUCAGGGAAGCCUUGCCCCCGCCCCUUCGCGCCGGCCCCAGCUGCUGCUCUCAGCUCUUCCUUUGUCACAGCUCCGCCCAGUCGGACACACCCGCUGGGGAAGUUUCCUCCAUUUCUUCCCCAGUGGUCUGGGGUCUGAGUUUACACUGGCAGAAAUGGACCGUCCAAAACCCAAGGUCCUCCCGGCGGGGCACUGCUGCCCCUCCCUGGGAAUGCGGGCCUGGGAGGCCGGCAGCGCGAGGUUCUCAGUGCCACCCUCCAUCAGCAGGAGCUCAGCCAUGGUGAACGAACCCAGAGGGCAUGGCGGCCCCAGCCCCCGCUGGGAGGGCAGCAGCAGUGGCAGCGAGAGCUCCAAGGAUAGUUCAAGGUGUUCCACCCCGGUGCUGGACCCUGAACGACACGAGAGGCUCAGGGAGAAGAUGAAGCGGAGGAUGGAAUCUGGUGACAAGUGGUUCUCCCUAGAAUUCUUCCCUCCUCGAACUGCUGAGGGAGCUGUCAAUCUCAUCUCGAGGUUUGACCGGAUGGGGGCAGGUGGUCCCCUCUUCAUAGAUGUGACCUGGCAUCCAGCAGGGGACCCUGGCUCAGACAAGGAGACUUCGUCCAUGGUGAUCGCCAGCACCGCCGUGAACUACUGUGGCCUGGAGACCAUCCUGCACAUGACCUGCUGCCAUCAGAGCCGGGAAGAGAUCACGGGCCACCUGCACAAGGCCAAGCGUCUGGGCCUGAAGAACAUCCUGGCGCUGAGGGGAGACCCCAUAGGUGACCAGUGGGAAGAGGAGGACGGAGGCUUCAACUACGCCGUAGACUUGGUGAAGCACAUCCGAAGCGAGUUUGGUGACUACUUCGAUGUCUGUGUGGCAGGUUACCCCAAAGGCCACCCCGACGCAGAGAGCUUUGAGGCUGGCCUGAAGCACCUGAAGGAGAAGGUGGCCGCGGGAGCUGACUUCAUCAUCACCCAGCUCUUCUUUGAGGCCGACACUUUCUUCCGCUUUGUUAAGGCUUGCUCCGAGAUAGGCAUUACUUGCCCCAUCCUCCCCGGAAUCUUCCCUAUUCAGGGCUACCACUCCCUCCGGCAGCUUGUAAAGCUGUCCAAGCUGGAGGUGCCGCAGCAGAUCAAGGACGUGAUCGAGCCAAUCAAAGACAACGACGACGCCAUCCGUAACUAUGGCAUCGAGCAGGCGCUGAGCCUGUGCCGGGAGCUUCUGGCGAGCGGCUCGGUGCCGGGCCUGCACUUCUACACCCUCAACCGCGAGGUGGCCACCACAGAGGUGCUGAAGCGCUUGGGCCUGUGGAUCGAGGACCCCAGACGUCCCCUGCCCUGGGCCAUCAGUGCCCACCCCAAGCGCCGGGAGGAAGAUGUCCGUCCCAUCUUCUGGGCCUCCAGACCAAAGAGUUACAUUUAUCGCACCCAGGAGUGGGAUGAGUUCCCCAACGGCCGCUGGGGCAAUUCCUCCUCUCCGGCCUUCGGGGAGCUGAAGGACUACUACCUCUUCUACCUGAAGAGCAAGUCCCCAAAGGAAGAGCUGCUGCAGAUGUGGGGGGAGGAGCUGACCAGUGAAGAAAGUGUCUUUGAAGUCUUUGCCCACUACCUCUCGGGAGAGCCGAACCAGAACGGCUAUAAAGUGACUUGCCUGCCCUGGAAUGAUGAGCCCCUAGCGGCCGAGACCAGCCUGAUGAAGGAGGAGCUGCUGCGAGUGAACCGGCGGGGCAUCCUCACCAUCAACUCCCAGCCCAACAUCAACGGGAAGCCGUCCUCCGACCCCGUCGUGGGCUGGGGCCCCGGUGGGGGCUAUGUCUUCCAGAAGGCCUACUUAGAGUUCUUCACUUCCCGAGAGACAGUGGAGGCGCUCUUGCAGGUGCUGAAGAAGUACGAGCUCCGGGUGAAUUACCACAUCGUGGAUGUGAAGGGUGACAACAUCACCAACGCCCCCGAGCUGCAGCCCAACGCCGUCACUUGGGGCAUCUUCCCUGGGCGAGAGAUCAUCCAGCCCACAGUGGUGGACCCAGUCAGCUUCAUGUUCUGGAAGGACGAGGCCUUCGCCCUGUGGGUCGAGCAGUGGGGCAAGCUGUAUGAGGAGGGGUCCCCGUCCCGCACAAUCAUCCAGCACAUCCACGACAACUACUUCCUGGUCAACCUGGUGGACAACGAGUUCCCGCUGGACAGCUGUCUGUGGCAGGUGGUGGAAGACACGUUUGAGCUUCUCAGCGGGCCCCCCCAGAGCAAGAGGGAGACGGAAGCGCCGUGACCCUGAGCCCUGACAGCCUUAGCUUGAGGCCACUGUGUCCCGCCUUCCUCCUCUCCGUCCUGGUUCUCUGGGAGACCCCCGUUCUCCUUUGCUUCCCCCCACCCCCUGACACGAUGAUGGCAGCUAGACUGGU